AUGAUUUGGCCAUUAAUACAAGUAAUUAGAUGCAGAUUCCAUUUAACGCAAAGAUUUAAACAAGAAUACAGUGAUUUGAUGAAACAAAAAAACGAAAUUCAGUCUAUAAAAAGUUCAAUAAAAAAUAAUGUAAUAUCACCAAACAGUCAUAGCAAAAGUAUUGAAUCAAGUAAUAUUAAUUUAUAUUCUUCGGAUGAAUUUUUGAUAUCAAAUCAUACUGAAUUGAGUUCUAACAAUACAAUAGAACUAGAAGAAAUUGAUAGUAACACAAUGAGUGAUUCAAACUUUGAUAUGUAUUGCAUCAAAUUUUAUGGAAUGUUGGACGAGCUUAAUAAUGAAAUUACAAAAUUAAAAGAACUAUUUUCAAACAAUACAGAUUCUAAUUCAUUUUGCAAUAGUAUGAACUUUAAUAACUAUAACACUAAUCGGUCCACUAAUAUUACUGAAAUGUCUGCUGGUGAAGACUUCAUUGACAAUGAAGAAUAUGAGUCAACUCAACGAAAUACAAUUGUCGAGCAAAUGAUGCAUAGAAAAUCCACUGACCAUGAUGACCAUGACUUAUAUUCUAAUAGUAAAUUUGAUACAAAUCACAACAAUAAGGAUUGUUGUACGAAUGCACAUUGUUCUAUGCAUUCGUAUAAUCCUUAUUAUUGUGAUUAA